AUGAACUGUUGUACAACUUUACCAGUAAACUCACCAGGAAAGACACCAACAAAACCAUCAGCUUUUUCAAUGAGUUCAUCAAUCGGAAGCGCUGUAUGUCCCUCUUCCUUAUUCUCACUAAACCAUCAGCUUGAGUUUUUUGUUUAUGACCCUCAGAAUUCACCGAAAGAUGAACUUGGUGUGCUCAAAGCGGUUCAGAAUGUGCAUGCAAUGAUAGACAAGGAAGUAGCUACUGGAACAGAUCCAAAAAAUGUGUUUGUAUGUGGAUUUAGUCAAAGAGGUGCCUUGAUGUUGGCUAGUGUUCUGUUGUACCCAAAAACUCUUGGAGGAGGAGUAGGUUUUAGUGGAUGGAUUCCUUUCAAUUCUUCUUUGAUUGAAAAACAAUACUGUUCUGUCAGCCGUUCCAUGAGACCACAACUACUAGUAGUGAUCGCAUUUCGAAGAGCGAGCAUAAAGAAAAAAAAAAAGAGCUCUGAGGUAUGCGGCAGGUGGCCCAGGCAAGGCGAGCGUAGGGAGUGCGACUGA